AUGUCUCUACUGGACAAUCCGGACAGAGCAGCAAUGUGUCCGUUUUUCUCGGCGCUACUUUUAACAAUGGUUGGCGGGACUAUGUCCCUGUUACACGUUCACCAUGGUAACGUAGCAAUGGCGUCAUAUCUCCGGGAAGUGAACAACAAGUACCCGGAUAUCACCAAGCUGUACAGCAUUGGGAAAAGUGUUCAAGGCGAGGACUUGUGGGUACUGGCGAUCGGCAGCUCGUUUUCAAAUAUCGAUCUUCGACCGCACGUGAAGUACAUCGGAAAUAUGCACGGCAAUGAGGUCGUAAGUCGGGAGGUUUUGCUGCACUUGAUUAACCUGUACGUGACGUCAUACGGCACAAAUUUGACCCUGACUCAAUUCCUUAACACGACCACUGUGCAUAUCAUGCCGUCAAUGAACCCCGAUGGUUACAGCAAAGCAGUUGAGGGUCAAUGCGAGGAUACCUUUGGCAGAUACAACGCCAACGGGGUGAACUUGAACAGAAACUUCCCCGAUCUAGUUCAUGACCGGGCAAUCAUACCCGUCCAACCCGAAACGCAGCACAUGAUAGACUGGCUGGACGACUACAAUUUUGUACUCUCUGCCAACUUGCACUCCCGGAACAUGCAGGAUUACAACUACCUUGCUGAAGGCAUAUUUGAAAUCACCAUAGGAUUUUCCUGCUGCCAUUUUCCGAAUGCCUCAUCUCUCCCCGAUUAUUGGGUGGAGAACAAAGACGCAUUGGUGAACUACCUUUUGCUGGCUCACAUGGGUAAGACAUGGAGACCACUUAACCGUUAA